GCAGCUGUUUGUCUUAUUUUCUGUAUACAACUUUGGGAAAAGUGCAUAAGGCAAAAUGCAAUUCGUUUAAAUUGUGUGAAUUUGUGUAAUAAUAAAUAUUAAAAUAUUGUAUAAAGUGCUAGAAAAUGUCACAGGUGACAUCGUCCACGACACAGAGUGCCGCUGCCGUUCAAGCGGGCAGCAGGCGUUUGCAAAACAACGAUGCAGGCGUUUGCGUGGGCGUCGGUGGUGUUGGCUAUGGCGAAACUGAAUGGGAGGCACGCGAGUCGCAGCGCCAGCGAGAGCUGCACGAAGCGCGCGCCAGAGCUGCACAGAUGGAAAAGACAAUGAAGUGGUGGUCCGAUUGUACUGCCAACUGGCGAGAGAAAUGGAGUAAGGUUCGCAACGAGCGGAAUAAAGCGCGUGAGGAGUCUAAGCAAUUGAGUCUUAAACUGGACGCAGCGAUGAAGGAGGCACACUCUUUAAAACGGGAGAAAAAUGAUCUGGAAGUUCAGAUAACUCAGCUAAAGAAGGAGAUGGAAAAGGUGCACACACUGAUGAUGAAACAUGCUGGACAGUUUCAUCGUGCGGAUACCAAUGAGGAUGCUGAAGCGAAUGGACGCGAUGCAAACUGCUCGCCCGACAUCUCAUCCGAUGGCCUAAAGAAUGUCAAUAGCGAAGACGGGCUGGUUACCAAACUGCCGAACGAUGUCAAGGAUUUGGAUAUUGAAGAGUUUGCAUUAAAGGGCGCCAUGCCCAAGCAUUUGAGUGAUUUGGAUGAGGCUGAGGCUGUUGCCGAGGAAAAACGUCUAAUACAGCAAUUGUCCAAAGAUGAUUUUGAUGAGGAUUACUUGCUGCAAAAGAUAUCCAUGUUGCAAUUGCGAUUAGAUGAGGCACAAAAGACAUUACAAGCUGAGCGAGAUGAAAAGCAUGAGCUGCACAAGAGCAUAGAGAAACUGGCGCUGGAACUACAGGAUGUGCGCGGCAGACAGGAGGAGUUACGCUCUGCCAAGCAGGAGGCAGUGCGAGAGCUACUCACAUUGCAGGAGCAACAUCGUGCCGAGAUGCGCAUCGUGAAUAACUCGCUGCAAGAAGAAAUUGCUGCUCGCGAGAAUCUGGAGCGUCGUCUCAGCGAGCUGCGCACCGAGCUUGAGCAUUUGCAGGCGGAGAAUGCAUCGGAGUGGGGCAAACGCGAACGUUUGGAGUCUGAAAAGUUAGCACUGGAGCGCGACAAUAAGAAAUUGCGAGCUGAACUGCGCGAUUAUCAGGAGCGUUCGGAUCGCAAAUGCCGCCCGAUGCAGGCCAACGAUGUGGAGCUACGCGCUCUGCAGCAAGAGCUCUCGGAGCGUAAUAAGGAAAUUAGUGAAGUCAAAAUGUCGCAUGCAAAGUUGAAGAAGCUGCUGGCCGAGACCAAUACGGAACUGGGUCAUGCCGUGAGACGUGCCGAACAAUACGAAGCGGAGGUAAAACGCUUGCGUCAGCGGGUGGAGGAGCUGAAACGUGAGCUAGCCGGCGCUGAGGACGAGCUGGACUCGGCCGUAAAUCAGGUGCGACGCCUGCAGCGCAGCAAUGACGAGCUGGUGGGACAGACAGAGGGGCUGCAGGUGCAAAUACAGCAUUUGCAAAACAGACGCGCACCAAGUCCGCAGUUGCGUGGUAUUGGCGGCGUUCAGUUGCGAAACAAAAUUGCCGUUGAGCUGCCCAGCGAGUGUUUGCCGAACAUCAAUGAUCUGCGCCAGAUCUUUGAUGAUGGCCAGGCGGGUUUGCGCAGCUCGCACAAUGGCUGCGAUUCGGCGGCAGUGCAUCAUGCGGCUGCCGCGAAGCGUUCCAGCCAUACGGAGCGCACGCUCCUGCAGCAACAGCAAAGCAAUGCGGCGGCAGCAGCAGCUGCAGCUGCAGCAACUGGUUAUUACGAUGCGAAGACAUCGCAUUUCGAGGACAACAUUUUCGAGUCGAAGUCACGCAAUUUGGAAUUCGAGCGUGCCAAGCAGAAGUUUGAUAAUCCACAUGGACAGCAGCAACAGCAGCAGCAUCAGCUGCAUCAGCAGCAUUUGCAACAACAACAGCAGCAGCAGCAGCGUCAGCGCAGCUCAUCUGCUCGCUAUAAUAGCAACACGAGCAGCAGCAACGGAGGCAAUCGAGCCAAUCUUGCUUUGCCUCUGAAAUGCAUGACAAACACAUCCCAAAAGGAUGUCGAUGCGAAUAGGCAGCAGUAUGAAUCGCAGGAUAAGGAGCAAACCCAUGCGGGCUAUGCGCGCAAUAGUAUUAAUUUAGAUGGUCUCAAGGUAUCCGAUGAUGAGACUCCGUAGCUAUGGCUCGACAAGUUUGCUGCUGGACGAUGAAACUGAGGGAAAUAGCGAUUGAUACUUAAUUAUAUAUAUAUAUAUAUAUAUAUAUAUUAAGCAUAUAUAUAAUAUUUUACAUUAACCAUUACUUUAAGUCUUUCAACAUUGAUCUUAGGCUAUGACUUGCUGUCCACUAUUUGAUUUUAGAGUGUUCCUUGUUUUUUUAUAAGCUUAUGUAUAUUUUAUUAUUGGUUCUCAUGAAAAAAACUUAUUUUAUUUGAAUACUCCACUCCUGACAGCCAAGCAAAUGUAUGCACAUAUCUAUAUUUUAUGGCAAGUCUAAUGAGUUAUUAACCUAUUUAUGAUUUAUGUAUUGUCAACUCUUUGUUUUGUCAAUCAAUAGAUUAACUAAAUAUUUAUCGUUCAUAGAGUUAGUAUUAUAAAAGAGUUUUUAUAUAGCAUACUAGUAUAUUAACUGAGCUGUUCUAUUUAUGCCUAGGGAACAAGUCAAUAGAACGUAUUAUAUACAUAUACAGAUAUACACAUUCGAAUCUUGAGCUCCAGAGACAUUUCGAGGAAUACAUAUUCCAUUUACUCUAUAAUUCCCAUUAAUUUAUAUGGCCAUGUCGAGAUCUCCUAAUCCCAAUUGCCUUGUGUUUUUAAUGCACAAGUUAACACUGCACUGACUAAAUAAUACCCCUAAAAUGACUUAAUAUAUAUAUUUAUAAUCAUAUGUUUCAUAUAGUUGCAUAUACAUAUAUAGGAGAAAAAUAUAUAGAAUUAUUCUGGAUUCUUGUAGAGAGAGUUGUAAAUUAGUCUAAACGAUUUGCUUAUAUUAAUAUUAUAUAUGUAGAUGUAUAGAAUGAAAAACUGAUAGAUUCAUCUUUAUCUUCUCAAUGGUAGAGUUGGGAUCUUGGGUAGAAAGAUCUUAGGAAUAUGGAAUGUAUACCAAUGUGUCACGAAAAUAAAACGUCGACUAUACGAAUCCAGCUGAAAUUAUUAAAAUCGAUAAU